AUGCUAUCUGCGAUUGAAGGGUACGAUCUGGGUCAGUCUGAUGCUGCAAUUUUCAUGGAUCCGGCUAAAUGGUACUUUGGAUGCUUCGCAUUGUUGGGGUCUGGUUGCUUCUUUGAAAAAUUAAGUUUAGAAAAAUGA